GAAUUGAAAUGAUGUAAAUACCGUCGAUUUGUGUCUUUCAAAUAAUCUGUACGUUUAUAUUUCCAGCCGCAGUUUAUCCCACAGCACCAAUACAAGACAUGAUGUGCAGAAAUUACAGAGUGUUGACCUCUGCUAAUCGAUCAAGGCGUCAUCCUUCAACUGCAUAUGAAUGCGAUUACUACUUGACUAAAGGCUGGUACCGCUUUGCUGGUGCUGCUGGGACACACAUAGCAACAUCGUGCGUUCCUUGGAAUCAUUGCAACACAUAUAAUUCUGGUUGGAUGUCUGGUUCACAUCCGACUGUAGGCGAAGGCAUCGUAUCACGCACAGUCUACUAUAGCUCGCCUGGCACUUGCCAUAGUUAUCAGAACACAAUUAGAGUCAAAAACUGCAGCAAUUUCUUUGUUUAUGAGCUUGACAGAACGCCAGGAUGUCAUCUGCGGUACUGUGGUAAUGGAACAGGACCUGGAACCUUGCGUACCUUGGAUUUCUUCAUUUCGCUGAUAGAAAAGAUYGAGAGACUGAAUAACAAUAUACCAAUGGCAGCAAUCUUGAGUUACAUCAGAAAACUUACCGGUUAUGAUAAUGCCAAAUGGACAACGUUACUUGGAGCUACAAACGAUUCUUUGCUCAUUGACACUCUAACGUCAAACGAGAAGAAUUCACUCAUCAYCAUGGUCCAACAUCGUUUCUAUGGGCAACUAGAACAGGGCGUGGUCCUUACAGCAUACGAUGACGUAGCAAUGGGUCCUGUUAUAACAGGGAUAUGUGCAGGUCUUAGUAGGGAUAGAAACCUCUGGCUGUGGCAGAUAUCACGGCAAAUCGACAACCUAUACGUGGCAACACUUGCUGGUGAUCUUGGUCUGACGUCCCUCGUCAAGAAAAUCAAACCUUKUCUACCAUUGCUUGGMCCAUCAGGUGUCUGGUCACCAAACACUCAGUGCCCACAAUACUUCUCUGRCAGCGGGUCAACACCUUCAAUGGCUACAGAUGCACAGAUUCGCGGUGGAAUUGARGGAUUCUUACUGGGUUWUAAGCUACCAGAGUGGAWWAGUCGAGGUGUCCGUCUAUCUCAYUUYCUACGAAUGUAUUAUCAAGGUGGAGUUGUGUAUGACAAAGAGUUUGCUGCAUGCAGACGAAUGGAAACUUUUAGAAAGAUUUUCGAUGACAGAGAUUUAGCAGAACAAACUUCAUCGGCCACUUAUGCAGUAAAAGCUCUUUGGAACAACGGUUUAGACUUCUCAUCAGUGCCAUAUCAUGAAAUCCCUCAACUGGCCAAUGACACUGUUCAGCAAUUUUAUAARCAUACAACAAGCUUUUUCAGCAGACACAGUUGCCCAGCACCCGGAGACGAUGAAGGAUGCCCACUGUCCGCUAACAUUGUGUUCGUACUUGACGAGUCUGGCAGCAUCGGUCAGAUCAACUACGAAGUAGAGAAAGAGUUUGUAAAGAAAAUCAUUGGCGCGUUUGAAAUUUCGCCAUAUAAAGCCCGCGUUGCAGUAGUGGAAUACGAGGACUAUGCGUACGAGUCCAUCAAACUUGAAGAGCAUUCUUCUAAAUCAGCAUUGCUGUGCGCCGUGGACAAACUUACUUUUGCAAGUGGCGGUACAGCAACCAGCCUGGCUCUACAGAAAGRUUAUGAUAUUCUUAUAAAUGCUCAGUCCAAUGUUAACCCUAACCAGGCUAACGAUCCACAAAUCAUCAUUCUACUGACCGAUGGCCAUUCAAACGGCGGUAUAUCGUCUCUCAGACCAAUCGUGAACACCAUCAAGCAAAACAUUAAAGGGUUAACAAUGGUCGCUGUAGGUGUUGGUAGUUACAACCUCGCUGAGCUUCAACUUAUUGCUACUGAUCCGUACAAACACGUGUUGAGUACAAAUGACUUCAACCAACUGAUAGGUUUGGCUCAACAACUCAAAAACCAAACAUGCAAUACGGCAACCGUUUUGAAACCCGAUGUACAAAGUUUAAACACAUCAAGCUACAAUCAGAACCAAGUAACAGGAUACGUAUCGCCAGGAAAACCGCGGUAUUUUAAARUGGAUUCUGUGACUAUUUACAAUGUGAACAUCAGAAUAACGAUAACGUCAUAUUUUGGUACAUUGAUCAUUUAUGGUUCAUGGAACUACAGCACACCUGAUGAGGACAACCACGACUUUAAAUACAUAGCCUAUGAAAACCAGUGGAGCAGUAGUUACAACGGUACAUCAGUGGAGUUAAAUGACAUUUGCAAAGCUCGCAAUGCAUCAUGUGGACUGUUCAUUGCACUUGUUGGAGGAAACUCGUCCAAUUCUUGUUCCGAUCUAGAUUGCUCCAUUCCUUAUCAAAUUAAGUUCGUACUGUCUGCAGUUUUCUGCUCAUGUUKUAAUGGAGGGACUUGUUAUACCACACCAAGUGGAUAUAAUUGUAGCUGUCCUCGUGGGUAUACAGGCAAAUACUGUGAUUCACUUGACGUGUGUAACAAUUACACAGAGUUGAGUUCUUCAGACCGGUCGAGGUAUCAUCCUACAAGUCUAUAUAGAUGUGAUUACUACGACCUGACCAAGGGCUGGUACCGUUWUACUGGUGCUGCAGGGAAACACAUAGCAACAUCYUGCGUUCCUGAACAUCAUUGCAACACAGGGUAUUCUGGUUGGAUGUCUGGUUCACAUCCGACUGUAGAACAAGGGAUUGUGACACGCUCAGUAUGCUUUGGCACCUACUACAGAUGCUGCCACUGGAGCAACACAAUCCGAGUCAAAAACUGUGGUGGUUUCUAUGUUUAUGAGCUUGACAGAACACCGGCAUGUGAUUUUCGAUACUGCGGCAAUGGACCAGAGGGCAGUAAUUGCGUGAGUGGAAAGCCGUGCUACAAUGGAGGAACAUGUCAAAGUUCUUCGUAUCGUUAUUACUGCUCCUGUGCCAAAGGAUAUAAUGGACGCAACUGUGAGACAAAUCUUAUGGUUAAAGUGAAAUGUGAAGCCGAUUACAUGGAGGUAUCGCUAGAAAAGUCUUACCUUAAUAACACUGACUGGCGAGACGUUCAACUGAUCGACUCAAACUGCGUAGCAAGAAAUGGACCAUCGAAUAUUGUAAUCCGUGCGCCUCUCGACGGUUGUGGUACUACUCAUAAGGAAGACAAUGAUACGAUAGUGUUUGAAAAUAAGAUAAUAGACAACAAACGGCACACCAGCMCAGUCAUAUCAAGAGAUGGCACCACCCUUCUUAAGUUUCAUUGCAAGUACUCCAAACGAAAAGUCGUUAGUACCAGCUUUAAUGCUUCCAAGGAGAUCYUGCAAAUUUCUGAAGGAAACUUUGGUAACUUCACGUUCAUGAUGAAUAUCUACAAGUCUGGUGGUUACCAGGAAAAGUACAAGCAGGAUGAAUAUCCCGUGUCUGUGGUCCUUGYCCAAACACURUGGAUACAAUAUAAAGUCAUCAACACAAUUGGAAAUCUGGUGGUGUUUGCUGAGAARUGUCGUGCAACGUUAUCAACRGAUCCUUACUCAACACCCCAGUAUGAGUUCUUAAAAGAUGGUUGCAAGAAGGACAAUACCAUGCUUUACAACUAUGACCCAUACAGUAAUGUCCAGAGGUUUUCCAUCAAGUCGUUCCGUUUUCUCCWCACUAGUAAUAGACUAGUUUAUCUUCACUGCCAUCUGAUGGUUUGUCAUCGUAACUCUGCCAACUCGAGGUGUUCACAAGGCUGUAUUGGGUCAAGAAGACGUCGUCGUGAAACUAAAGAUUAUGAUGAUACAAGUAAUGCGUACGACUUAUCGACUGGUCCGCUUUCUGGACAGAAAAUCGGCGGUGAAACCGACCGGAACAAAGGUAACGAAUUCGAAUGGAAAGAUGGAUGGAUAGAAAGUAACAACGAAAUGAGAAAAUUAGAAAAAUAUAUUGAGUGUUUUUUUAUUACUUUUGCUCUUGUCAUUUCGGUGUAUCAUAUACAUUAUUGAAUAUUUCACUCGGUUUUACCGGGACUAAAGUCAAUCUUGUAAUUUCAGUUAAUAUUUAAGUGUUUUGCGUGUCAGGRUCUGAGGAAAAGGUMACAGGCAUGGCWAUUAGUCUUGGUCUACUGGGAGGUGUGUUGAUAGUUAUUGGUGUAGUCGUCGUUUUGAAGUUCGUCAUUUUGAAAUCAAGAAAGGUAGGAUCUGCUCCUAAUUACGAACUCAAGACCAACGAUGAGUCKGCGUCUCCUCAARRUGACGAGCCUCCUCCUCCAUACUUGAUCAAUGCUUUUGAUGGACCAGCMGCCUUCCAGCUUGAUGAACUAACUAAACCACUUGACCUUGAACUCUGACUCAAUUGUCAGUACACUUUGAUCAUAAUCACCAUUCAUAGAUGAUCAUUGUUAGCAACUCAUUGAUUUGUAGGUACUACUAGGCACUAAAUGGUACUAUCCCUUGUAGUCUAUAUGGACCCCUGUAUGAUUUGGUCCUCGGAUAGAUGGUCUAAACCUUGUACUCUCUAAGCUUACCUAUGCAUUCUUAGUCGAAUCAUGAAACAAUAGCGCUGAACAAGUGCUGGGGCACUAAUCAACAUUUUAUACAACUUUUACUAAUCAAUAYUUAUUGUAGGCUGAUCCAGGCUUUUAAAGUGAACGUGAAAUUGUAGGGAAAAAAGCACAGUAAUGAAACAAAUUUCUACUGCUUCUGCAGCUACUCUAAAGKGGGACAACGUUUGACUGACCAUUGCUUGUGAUGAACGCCAUCUAGACUACUAAUUAAACAAUGUAAGGAGAGACUUCAUGGCCGAUUUAGUUCCUUUGUACCUAGAAAUUUGCUUUUUACUGAUAAUCAAUAUCAAGUAGGUUGUCUAGAAGGCGUGAUCUGAUUGGCCAUGGUCAGGUCUAUCAGCUUUGCUUUUUUUUUAUUAAUAGUAAUCAAAAGUUAUUUAUAGAAAGGCGUGAUCUGAUUUAUCGCAUGCUUAAAUUGUACAUCACUAGCACAUUAAUCGAAACUAUAUGUUUAUUGUAAUCUCAUUAAACCAGACUUUUGAUUGGCGUA